AUGGGCGGUUGCGUGACCAAGCCCGAGGGCCCCGCCCGGACAGUGCGGCCCGCGAAAGGCAUCAAGCGGUUCACGAGCGGCGAGGAGUUCUCCCCCGUCCUCGUCGACGACGGCCAGCCCCCUCCCCGGCGCACGGAAACCGACGCAGCAAGCCAGCCUAGGAACCCCACGGACCGAACCGCCUCGCGCGUCGGCCGGUCGCAUACAGGAUCGCACGUGUCCGCCGACCUCCCGCUCGGCCCGGACUUCCUCGAGCCGUGCGCGUCGAUCGACGACUUCGAGGUCGGACGCGUCCUCGGCACCGGGACGUACGGCAUCGUGCAGGUCGCGCGGCACGUCGCGACGGGCACCCGCGUGGCUAUCAAGUCGAUCAGCAAAGCACGUACAAUCGAGGGCCACCAGGUGCCGCACAUCCUCUCGGAGCGCGAGAUCCUCGCGGCCAUCCGCUGCCCCUUCUGCGUGUCGCUCCGCGGGACCUUCCAGGACGCCGAGCGCGUCUUCUUCGUCAUGGAUUUCGUCCCCGGCGGCGAGCUCUUCACGCUGCUCACCGUGCACGGCUCGCUGCCGGAACCCGUCGCCCGGUUCUACUCCGCGGAGGUCGUGCUCGCGUUCGAGUACCUCCACGCCCGCAACGUCGCGUACCGCGACCUCAAGCCCGAGAACGUUCUCAUCGACGCCGACGGGCACAUCAAGCUCGCGGACUUCGGGUUCGCGAAGGUCGUGCCCUCGGACUGGCGCACGUUCACGCUCUGCGGCACCCCGGACUACUCCGCGCCCGAGGUCAUCCUCAACAAGGGCCACGGGAAGGCCGUGGACUGGUGGGCGCUGGGCGUGCUGCUCUUCGAGAUGCUCGCGGGGUUCCCGCCGUUCUUCGACGACGACCUGUCGCAGUGCUACAAGAAGAUCCUCCGCGGCGACGUGAGGUACCCGGAGCACCUCUCGGUGCUCGCGACGGACCUCAUCUCGCGCCUCCUGCAGCACGACCUCUCGAAGCGCCUCGGGAACCAGCACCGCGGCGUGCAGGACAUCAAGAACCACCCGUUCUUCGCGGGGAUCCCGUGGCAGGCGCUCGCGGCGCUCAAGUACCCGCCGCCGCACAUCCCGCAGCUCGCGGGCCCCGACGACACGUCGUGCUUCGAUGACUACUCCGGCGCCCUCGAGUCCUCGCGCAUGAAGCACCCGUUCGUGCUCUCGCCGCACGAACAAGAGUUCUUCAAGGACUUCUAG